AUGCUUCGUUGCGCGGCUCGGAGAGUAGUUUCACCCUACUUAAGGGGUUCUUCAACCUCACUGGGUAAGUUUUGCUUAGCUUCUGUUAAAAUCGUUAACAGUGUUUUACUUGUUUCAAAUCGUACACCUACUUAGGUUAAUUUUCGCUCGCACUAAUCAAUAUAAGUACCGGUUGGUUCUGUUCAAGAAAGUCAUUUCAGUAAUAUUUAAACAGGGUUAUGAAUUAUAAUACAGAAGUACAGAGCUUUCUGAAGGUUUUCUCGGUUGACAUUCAUGUGGACAUGAUCGAGGCUAGGUUAUCUGUGUCCAAAUCUAAGUAAAUUUCAGUAAGCAGUCUUUGCAGUCUUUGCAGCAAUACUGUGAACCUUGAUUGUUUAAGCGGGUCUGUCGGCUACCUAGUUUGUUCCUCAAAAGAUUUUCAGUUUGAAUUACCCCCCCCCCCCCCCGCCCACCCUGCUUUGUCACCUCAUGUUUUAUAGUAAAGGUCGGAAUACACUAGGUCAUGUGACCCUGCAACACGUUGCAUUGACAAAUCGCCUCAUGUAUACUGGAGAAUUUUUGUCAAAAUCUCUGUCUUCACAACACAAUUUUGUUAUUUUCACAAGUCACACAAAAUCAUUUUGAAUUUGUGUGGCUCAUCUUAAAGACAGAGAUUUUCCCAGUAAUUCUCCAGAAUACACAACGUAAUUUUUUACUAGGACAACUUGUCUCAACUUAUUGCUGCAAGUUGUCACCCAAACUGUACACAAGGAAUGGUUUGUUACCGCAACGUGUUGCAGCAACAUUUUGCCCAGUGUGUUCUGACCUGUAUAAAACAGCCAUCGGCAUCAACCUUGUAUCCCAAUUUUUAGCUGUUGUUACUGUUAAUCUGUAGUUUGUACAAUAGCUUCCCUAGCCUGCAAAAACAUCCGUUUCUCCUCGCUCUUCGCCGAUGGGGACGUAUCGGGCGGAGGAACGUCUGCGACUCAGCGACAGAAAUUCCAUACUGAUGACGUAAAAUCUGUUCGGAAUCCAGUCAGAAGUGCUGAUUGGUCGACGGAGUAGUUACAUUGUUUUAGCUAUUGUUUACGAAUGACAGACAAAAGACAAAAGGCCACAAAGGUCAAAUGUAAACGCGAAGAAUCUCUAACAAAACAGUCAAUAUUUGUGGAAUAUAGUCUUCUGUAGAAGAAGCAUUUGAGUUUUGCUGGAGCUCGUUGGCAGAUGAACUCAACACUUUACCAAAAUCGACCAGAAGACACGUAAAAUUGGACAAAUCUAUAUUUAAAACCCCAUGACUACUGGAUUUGUUAUGUAAACAUUGGUUUGCGUCAUCAGUAUGGAAUUUCUGCAGCUCAGUCGCAGACGUUCCUCCUCGCGAAACGUCCCCGGCGGCGAAGAGCGAGGAGAAACGGCUGUUUUCGCAGGCUAUAGCCUCCCACGUAGGCAUUUUUAGGAAUUUGCAUUUCGUCCCUUCUCACAAACGCCUGCUCCACCGAGAACAACAAUCAUUCCUUUCCCAUUGUUUUGUUCUCUUGGUAAGUGAUCAAUCAACCGUUUUGAAAAAAAGUGUUGACAGGCUAAACACGACUCAUAAGCUCGUGGUGGUGUAGAGUUACCUUUUUCCUUCUUUUCUUUCCUUUGCUAAAGUUAUGCAGUACACGGACUAUUCUAAAAUCUGACUCAAUCUUACUUUUGCCUCUCUGAGUCUUAGCCCUUAUUAGAGGUCAUAAUACUUUUCCAGUGUUUCAUGCAGAUCAAGUAAUUAUUGGGUUACCCUGUGGUCAAGGUCAACCUUCCAGAAUUUGGAAGGCACAAUGUGAUUGGCUAAGCUUGGGAAAGGAAUGUUGUUUUUGUUUAAGCAGGCAUUUGUGGGGAGGGACGAAAUACCAGCUCCCCUAAAAAUGCCUGCAUGGGAGGCUGUUUGAGCACAGGACUUGGUUAACUUUGUAUUGUUUACUUUAUCAGGUGUUGCUGUGCGCAAGAUGAGUAGCAAACCAAAGGAGUCUGAUGAAGCAUUUGAUGCCAGAUGGAAAGCUUAUUUUGAAAGGUAAGAUUAUUUGUACACAGUUAACUCUCCUCUUAGACACAUCUUACACAAAAAUAUUUGAUUCAUCUGUCCAGUUUUGGUUGUUGGUCCACUUAACUUGGCUAUUGAAUUGAUUGAAAACCAUUCUACCUUGACAAAUAAAAACACAAUGCCAGCAGUAGCUGUACAAGGUUUGUACACUUGGCGAAUAUUCAGUUAUGGGAUUAAAGAUCUUAUUUUCUGUUUUCUUCCUAGAAAAGCUCAAUAGAGCUUGCUGAGAUCUCCUGCCAUUAUAUUGCAUUGUAAUAGCAGAUAUCAAGUAAUAAGAACAGUUGUAAAAAUGUAAUUAAUAAUGGGCAAAAAAUAUGAUAAUUAGUUAAACUCAUCACCAAUAAAUGAGCUUGGGCGUUGGUGCCUUCAAAGUUGGUGGAGCCGGGCAAUGCUCUAGCAUGAGGAGGAGGUAUCCAUGGCAACCCUACGAGCGGCCCCCACCAGGCAUCGUCACACUGAACAAUUCAGUGGAAUACUUACCGACCCAAUACUUACCUAGCCCACACCAAGAGGGAGGGAGGGAUGGGAAAAACCAAAGCGCAAACUGGCACGCAAACAGCAAGCAAUUGCAACAACACUUUGCGAAGAACUGCAAGCAAGCAACUGCGUAUAUGAGUCACGAGGUGCCCCUGCUAGAGACAUCGGGUCACCCCUAAUAUAGCUGGGGAAACAGCUGACCAGCAUUGCUUCGAGGUUAACUUUGCCUAAAUUACAUUUAGCCACAUUAAAAAAAAUAUAAAAUAAAUAUAAAAUUUGUGUGUUGUUUAAGUUUUUGUAACAUUGCCUACUUUUGAGACCAUGGUUUUAAUCUCCAUUCUCAAUCUGUUGUGUUGUCUCUUCUAAUGCACCUAUCAAUGUAAUGCCGGCGGGGGGGGAGGCAGGGCAUGGGGUGGGGAUUUGAUUGUCUUUGUUGUCCCUGGGGUAGGGCAUUUGACUCAUCUUGUUCUCCCGGGGGAGGGGAUAUUUGAAUCUUUCUUCACCCGACAUGGAGAUAUUUGACUGCGGACUCGGACGAAAAAGACUGAGACCGAACAUAUGUUUCCCCCUUCCACGCUUCACCCAUGCACCAUACGGUUUGAAAAGAUCAGGAAGUCAUGGAGGCCAAUGCGAACAAGCGAAGGCUGAGUGGAUUUCACUGUUUUGUCUUCAAAUUUCGUUUGUUUUAGCGUGUUUUUGAUCAAUUGAACCUCUUAACUAAAUAUACUGUGGUAUCAAAGUAAACGGAAGAGAAACCAAGUCGAUUUUUGCAAGUACAAUUGACUAAUGUAUGGCUCAUUCGCUACAAUCACUGUAAACUUAUAAAACUGACUUUCUUUUUACCCUUUAAUAAGAACGGUAUAUUUAUACUUACAAAAUGUGGACUUUCUCUUAAAGGUUUAUGUAUUCUACGCAGUGUAACACGGAUUAUGGUUAAAACGUAUAAUUGCAGCUGUAACAGGAACAUAUAUCUUUAGUGAUGCAGCAACGUUUAUAAAAGAUUGCAGAGUUUAAUUGGAGAUAUUUUUAUUGUGCCUUUCUUAGGUUCUGCCUUGGGAUUGACAGCAAUGUGCAGCCUGGGGUGGGGAAAUUUGGUUGGAUUUGACUGGAAUGAUUUGCCCGUGGGCAGGGAAUUUGAUUGCAAAUUUUUGAAAAAAGUCAAAUCCCCACCCUAUGCCCUGCCUCCCCCCCCCGCCGGCAUUACAUUGAUAGGUGCAUAAAAGAUUCCUUCUGGUUAGAAAAGAAAAAAGAAAGUAAAUUUUUUUCUUUAAUUUUUGUAGACCAGACAUUGAUGCAUGGGAGUUGCGCAAUGGAUUAAAUGAGCUGUAUGGAAAAGACUUGGUUCCGGAACCAAAGAUCCUCAUUGCAAUGCUCCAUGCUUGUCGGCGCUUAGAUGACUUCUCCAUGACUGUAAGGAUUCUAGAAUCUGUCAAAACCAAAAGUGCUGGAAACAGUGAGAUUUACAACUACAUUCUGAAGGAACUCAAGCCCACUAUAGAUGAGUUGGGUCUGUCUACUCCAGAAGAACUUGGUUUAGCAUAA